CGCCUCAAGCCGCGGCUGCAAAAGAGAAAGUACAAGAGGGUAUGGGUAUGUUACUACCUCUAUAUGGAGACACGUGUGAUAGCCGACACUCAGUAGUGAGCGGACAUGGCUGUUCCUGUCCGGAUCCACCGUGGCUCGAGCCUCUUCGCGAGCCAUCUUCAUCGAGCAACAUGAUCGCUGUAUUUUUGUCGACGCAUGGUCAUCUGAAUGCUGCCUCUGGAGAUUUCGCCCAACAAGCCAACACAAACGUCAAAUUUUAAAGGAGGCACUUCGUCGCAAGCAUGGAUGCGUCCUUUCAAACUAGUAUGCAGGGAGAGGAGUCACCACGAUGGGAGCUCAUACGAAGAGAAAUGCACCAGGCAAUAGAGGAAAGAAACGACCUUCAAGUGCGACGCUGCCUUGAGACGGCACCACACCUGAAGAAAUGGCUGCACCCCGAUAGCAACGAAUCGGCCAUGCACAGAGCAGUGAAGAAUAACGCUUUCUACAUUUAUGGAUUGCUUCUUUCGCACGCGUGCAUGUUCGGAAGUAAACGAGAGAAGAGAUGCUUUGAUGAUCUGAAUCCGCUUCAGCGAUCAGAGCUUCAACGACAACGGUUCUUCGUUACGAAAUACGAGGGCUCUUACGUAGAAUACCUGAAAAACAGAACAGAUUGUCAAACGAAGCAUGUCGACUUCGAAACAAGUGUGGACCUCAUGUAUGACGCACUCGACAACAUUGAGUUGAUCCGACCUAUUCUGCAAGUGGCCGCGACAGCGCAUAAUUUAAGGAUCCGCCUCGACUUAGACAGGGACGACGUCCAGCCCAUGGUGGGAUGUAGUGGAACGAGCGUUCUUGGAAUAACAGACUAUGACAAAGAAGAAAUUUUCGUCGCAGCCAAGAUGGAAGAAUCAACCGACGCGACUCUCGAAGAAAGCUCCGAAGCGCUGGGAACACUAGCGCACGAGCUUUGUCACAUUGCACUUCACCUGGUGUACAGGAACACGGGAAAGCCCUACUGUUCCCCUGACCUCGACAGGAAACAGUGCUACGAAAAUGUCCUUGAACGCAUUGAAAGAAAAGGAAACUUAGACGAAAAAAUUAGGCUCGCGUUCGAUUACGCCACUGAGCAGGAGCUCAUCGUACGGGUGCCGCACAUCCUUGCUCAGCAUGGCAGUCCCGGAGAAGGACACGCCAUCCUGGAAGGUCAGGCACCGGAGCUCCUCAAAUUCUACAAAGAACUUGUCCUACCAGAUAUGAACAAAUACAUUAAGAACGCCUGUCCCGGGUCGGCUAAAGACGCAGAAAACAUUAAGAACCAAAAUACGAAACUCCAAAAAGCAGAUAAGGUAGAUAAGCUCGGAGUAAACUUCGAUAAACCAAAGAGACACCAGGACUUCAAGGAUGUCCCACUUCUCAUUCUCACGGGUCCAGAACUGUCGCUGCUCGAGAUACUCGCAAACGACGCCGUCAAGUCUACGGGAAAGCCAUAUCUAUUCUUUGAAGCCUCUCAGUGGGACUUCGAGCUUCAAUGCGUGUUGAUAGAAAACAAAUGCAGCUUUGUGAUUCUAACUUGCGACGAUAGAAGAAAAACUUCCAAGGCACUCAGUCUUCUCAGCCAGGUUUGUGACGUGACGGGCACAAGAGUCCUCCUAAUUGUCUCUGACGUAGACAGAGACUUCUACGUGACAGAAGCACAACGGGACGCCUUCUUUGAGAAGAAACAUCACGUUGCCGAUGUCCCCGAAGCUAGUUUCAGCAACAUCUCACGAGUGUGCAUUGACCAAGUACGAAAAGGAACCUGCAUACAGUUUCAAGGCCGAGAUCAUAGAGUACCCUUGGAAGCCAUUAUAGAUUUAGGUACCUUUGCAGAUUUGCUGAGCACAGCAACAUUCCUAAAACUAUGCGAAUCGAAGCUGAUCGAAAUUGGGUCGUCGGUUCCUAAACUGGAACGGUACGCAAGUGCUUACUAUAUGGACCGAAGACUGGAGAGGAAGGUUGAAGUCGACGUCGCCAGGAUUAGUUUAGAUUCUAAAGACGAGGCCUUCGCCUUUUAUGAAUGUUCUCGAGCUACGGUUUCCACUUUUGUUGCAAGGGGUGUAAAAGUGUACGACAUGAAGGAUUUGAAUGGCUUUGAAAAGUUCGUGGUUCUUGAAAACAGGGACGCUUACGAACUCCUCACAAACAGAAUGCAUUUUCGUGGGAAAACUGUUCACCUGUUAAAAUAUGACAGGCUUCGAAAUUCUUUCGUGUGGAUCUGUUCAAAUGGCUCGUUAAGUCACCUUCCGUGGGUGGGAGCAGAGAGCUACCGUGAGGAUUACCUGGUGGAGUCACAAGAGAAGGUAGUCGUCAUUUGUGGUGAACCCGGAAUCGGAAAGAGUGCAUUGGCCUGCCACAUUCUGAGAGCCAUAGAGAAAGAGAAAGAGAACAGCUGGGUGUUCUAUAUCGACCUUGCUCAAAACAUCCUAUGCGUUGAAUCAAAAAGCAAUGUAGAAGACGUCCAGCAGUUGGCCCUCCUGUUCGGCGUAAGAGCCCAAGGACUGGAGUUGGCUUUUUUUCAGCACAGUCUGCACCAUGGAAGACCCUUUGAGGUAGUCGUCAUUUUCGACGGUUUCGACGAGAUCGACGGAGACGAUCGCCGGUACGUACUCCAGCUUGUACAGCACCUACGUUCUAUGCGAAUCGCAAAAAUAUUUCUUCUGAGCCGCAAUGUGUUUAGGACCUCGAUUGAAGACUCCGUUCGGACAGUGUCGUUAGAGCUGCUUCCAUUUUCGCUCAAGGAGCUUCCGGAGUUUUUAAAACGAUUCUGGAAGGAAAACGGCGCAAAUAACAUUGACGACGAAAGACUAGACACGAUCGCUACGCAGACGAUCAAUAAAUAUGGGGCGAUGAUGGGGAAGAGUAUGAAGCCUUUGGACAAUCCACUUCUAAUUCGGAUAGUCGGUGAACUGGAGACAGAUCACCUCCUCGGUCGAGAGCCGAUAGGAGGCAUGCAGAGUUCUGAAGAGAACAGAACCAAAUUCGAUAUUUACAAGAAGUUCGUGGACUACAAGCAAGAUAUACAGGUCAAGGAGAAAAUGAACUUGGACCCUGGAGCCAGUACGCGAGAUUUAGUACAUAGACUAAAGCAGGCAAAGAAAGAAUCCCAGCGGAAGUUGAGCCUCCUAGCGGCAGGUGCCAUUUUUAGAACUAAGUGGCAAGAUAAGAUUGUAACACCGGAUGAGCAAGAGGACAUGGAGCCAGAUGGGGAGCUCAUGAAAGAAGCGGCUGAGAGCCUCCUCGGAGACGGUCUGUUAGAUGGAGUUCGAAACGGUGUUCCUGUUUUCACCCACACGACCUUCGCCGAAUUUUUCGCAGCACAGUUUCUGUUCAACAAGGUAAAGCGAGCUAAGAGUCUUGCCCUAAGAGCCACAGUUUUAGAGAUGUAUUUAGCGACCGAGCUUCAAGGAGUUAUGUUUUUCCUCGACAGUUUCGCAGCAUCCUCCUCACCCUCCCAUGCUUCCCUUAUCGGUGCAAGUACAUCCUCAAACCCCACACACUUCACAGAACAGGACAUGCACCACUUGGACGAAUUUAGUCGAACACCACUGCACUUGGCUGCGUUACACGUAGAGCCAGAUGUACUGAAGGCCCUACCAGUGAAUUGUGCGGUGAGAGCCAAAGACAUUUUUGGUAUGACACCCUUGAUGUACGCGGAUAAGCUCCAAGCGUGGGACAGACUGGAUGUAUUCUGCUGUCGGUACCCAGAUGACAACGUCGUAUGGGCUGCAGAAAUUCCCACUGCAGUGAAAAAUCUUACGGGAGAAACGGUCCUUCGUAAGUCUGCACUGUUUAAAGCGCUGCAGGGUAACCUUUGCUCCCUGAUGGGCGUGCUCCUCCGGAACUUUUGCAGGAAUCGCGGUGAACGUGGUGACAGAACAGGUCUCGUAGACGUGGAUACUAUCAGAGAUAACUCCGGCGGGACCCUCCUAUUCCAUGCAAACUCGUCCGGCACCCUGCAGCUUCUCCUCUCUUAUUGCGACCCAAGAGUUUUUGAUGUGUUCGGCAAAACAGCACUACAUCACGUACUUUCAGACGCACUUUUUGCAGAAAGUACAAUAGCGUGCGAGAGGGGGACGUCUGCCUUCGAGGCAGUCGAGCUUCCUUUUCUUCACCUGCCAGUGGACGUCUAUGACGAUGUGGGGAGGACACCCCUGUUCUUGAGUAUAUGCAGACAACCGAAAAUCGACCUAGUAAGGCUGCUACUUCUCAGAUCACGGACGAAUAUUAAAGAUAGAGCUGGUCGUACGCCACUGGAACUAGCGCUCGAAUACGGUGAGCCUGAGGCCAUCAGAAUGCUGCUUCCCCAUUCGUGCCUGCACAACCUCGAAAUUGGCGCAGAUACGCCUCCGCCUCGGCACCAUUGGUGGAUCUACGAGGAGGUGUUGAUGUUAUCGCGCUAUGGCAGACAUUUUAGUGACAUAUAUGCCAGCUUCUAUUAUUCGCCGGAAAAGGUGCGCAGAGUAGUGCACGACGCAAAGAAAAAAGACACUUAUCACGCGGCUUUUCAAGCGCUCUUUCCGUAUUUAAGCAUCAGUGAUGGAAGCAAAUAUAUUGAGAAACCCAGCUAUCCGGAUCGGCAUAGCGAGAUAAAACGCAUAGAAAGCGGCCUGGCGCGCAUUGCACGCGUUAUCCUUGGGUCGGGGAACAUUGCACCCCUUUCGGAGCCUCCGGCUGUGAUGAAACAGUUAGUACUGCUCUUCGACGUGUCACCUACUAGUUGUUCUGGACGCACUUCCCUACACUAGAGUGCUAGGGGAGAUUCCUAGGAGGAAGAAUUUGUUGCUUUCAAAGGUCGACGCUAAAGUGGAAGGGGAGAAGACAGCUCUUCCGGUGGCUAGGGAACGUCGUGGGGAGGUGCAUCGAGUGACAUGGAUGCUUGGUCGGACGUUGAAUAAUGAACGAAGCAAAAAAAGAAACAUACAAUUCGCAAUUGUUACUAUUUUAUGGACGGGGUGCCAAGGAAUAAACACUUUUACAUAGUUCACGUG